CAUGUUGCGGCAUAGCAGGACGUGUGUAUACAAGUAAGGCGUGUUUAAAACAUGAUGCGAUUAAAGUUAUGAGCAUUUAAAUAAGCUUCUCAGACGACACCUAAUACAGUUCGCGGCACUCACUUAUAUGAAUAUCAACCUAAAUCGAAUCUAUAUCAAAACGCAAGUAUUAAAUGUAAAUAAUGAAAUAGUUCGCUAAUUCUUUCGCAUUGAAAAGUAUGUGUAUUGAUGCUUUUUUAUCGCAAAUUAAAGAUACAUAUAUUAACAAUGAGAAGAAAAGGCUUCAUUUGAAAGUUAGUGUACCGCAUUUGUGUCUGGCAUUCUGUGCGGACAUCCCGCCUCACUAUCAGGACCCCAGCCAGUCAAGAUGGCGGCGCCCCACCAAAUCGCCGGGGAGUUUGAAAACUGGCUGAACGAGCGGUUGGACUCCCUUGAAGUAGACCGAGAAGUUUACGGGGCAUAUAUACUCGGAGUGCUUCAGGAAGAGGACAAUGAUGAAGAGCAGAAGGAUGCUCUUCAGGGCAUUCUCUCCGCUUUUCUGGAAGAAGACACGCUUGAGGAGGUUUGCCAGCAGAUCCUAAAACACUGGACUGAGUGUGGCAGAAGAUCUGCAGCGAAGAAUCAGACGGAGGAUGAGGUUCAGGCCAUUGCCAGUCUGAUAGAGAAGCAGGCACAGAUUGUGGUCAAACAGAAGGAGGUGUCAGAAGAGGCCAAGAAGAAAGAGGCUCUACUGGCUCAGUAUGCUCAUGUAACAGAUGAGGAAGAUGAAGAUGAGAUGGAGGAACAAGCUGCAGUGGGAAUACCGAUGGAAAAAUCCCUGUUCAAAAACACCAAUGUCGAGGAUGUUUUAAACCGCCGCAAACAGCAGCGUGACCAGGCCAGAGAGGACGCACAGAAGAAGAAAGAACAGGACAAGAUGCAACGCGAGAAAGACAAGCUGGCCAAGCAGGAACGCAAGGACAAAGAGAAGAAACGCACACAGAAGGGAGAGCGCAAGAGAUAGAGGGGAAAUAGAAAAACUUUUGCAGACUAUAUAUAAUGCCAAGGUCAUUUACCUAGAAGAGAUAAAACAAUGAGACCUCAGCAGACAAUGUCCCAACCAACAAUGUAUGCAUCCAUAUCCAGUUUUGGGUCUGAUAUAGUUUAUUGACAGGUAAUGUUGGGCCUAAAAAGCUGUUUUCUCGUCUUGUACAAAACUAAUCACAAACCAGCAAACUGGGUGAGAAUUAUAUCUCUGUUAUACACAUUGAUUUCAGAUUUAUUACAGGUGCUGACUGCUGUGCUACUUAUUUAAGGGUAAAUCACACAAAACUAUCAAAAACAUGUUCAGGUCACAUUUCAACCCUAAAAUUUAUAUAUUUUUAUUUUGUUUAAAGACCCAAUUCUCAUUAUUCUAUUUGAAAAAUACUUAAAUUGUAAAGUGUAAUAGUAAUUAAAAUAAUGUGGUUAUACAAAACAUCUUACUAAUUUCUAAUUUUACUUACUAAUACAGCAACAUUUUAUUAAUUCAUUCUCUUGUUUUACUAAAUCAUAGCCACGUUGUAAUAAUUAGUUCCUUGUGUGUGUGUGUGUGUGUAUAUAUAUAUAUGUUGCAAGGCUUGAUAUAUAUAUAUAUAUAUAUAUAUAUAUAUAUAUAUAUAUAUAUAUAUAUAUAUAUAUAUAUAUAAAUUUUUUUUUUUUUUUUUUUUUUUUGAAUGGUGAAACGUGACCUGGACAUGAUUCUGUGAGAUUCUCUUUAACAUUUAACAGCAGAUAACUAUCAUGCUUGUCUAAAAACAGCAUAAUUCCUCUUCUUACUGCCUUGAGGGACUUUCAAAUAACCUGUGAACCUGUUUUAUACGUUUUCCGUAAGCUGCUGCUUAGUAGCACUCCAGCCAUUUUUUUUAAACAGUAACUCAAGAUACAAAAAUAUAUCUAUAUUUAUUCAGCUCACAAGCUUUUUCAGAACAACCUGAAACCAACUGAAGCCUUCUUGUCAUGUAGCAAUAUAUGGAGAGGGCUCAGAGACAACCCAAAGACAGAGAAACAUAACUGCUAAUCAAUUUCUUUUUUUUUUUUUUUUUGCUCAAACUAAUAGUGUGGUGGAUAUUUCUGUCUCAGUUGUGGUUUAUUUUUAUUGUAGGACACUGAACCUAAGAGAUGAUCCUAAAGUAAGAAGGGUAUGUGUGUGCAUAUAUAUCAAUUGACAACUGUUCAUUUGAAAGCUGCUACAUAUUGUGCCAAUACCUUGUAGACUGCCUUCUCAUAUACUACAAUGGAUUGCACUGUAGGCAAACUAAUAUCUUUAAAACUUUGUCUGUUUGCUUGUAAGAUCAGGUGAUUUGAACAUUCUUUAAUCAGAGCAACAAUAUUUAACAUUUUGUAUGCUAAAAUAUCCCAAAAUUGGUACAAUAAAUUGAGCUGUGUAAAUGAA